AUGGGAGACAAAAGGGCUCUCCCAGAGGCAACGCCGGCGCCUGUGCCUGACCCUGAAGACAUGCAAGCCCAGCCUAUUCCCAAAGAGGUCGAUAUAGACUCUACGCCUCGCCAGUCCCAAGAGUCGACGAGGGGCAAAGAGCUCGAAGUCACCCCCAGCAAAGAGCCACAGAGAGAGUAUCUCACCGGUUUUCGACUGGUCUCUGUUCUUGCAGCAGUCACUUUAGUGUCCUUCUUGGUUCUUCUCGACACAUCAAUCGUAGUCACUGCCAUCCCUGUCAUUACCACCCAGUUCCACUCCCUGCCAGAUCUUGGAUGGUAUGGUAGUUCGUAUCAGAUUGCCAGUGCGUGUUUACAGCCACUCGCAGGACGGAUCUAUUACAACUUCAGCACAAAAUGGACCUUCUUGACCUUCUUCUUCGUGUUCGAGUUAGGCUCUCUACUGUGUGGGAUCGCGAACUCCUCGAAGAUGCUUAUUGUGGCCCGCGCCGUCGCCGGUAUGGGCUCGGCGGGAUUGAUGAAUGGAUCCCUUACAAUUAUUGGAACCGCUGUUCCCAGGCACAAGUCCCCCAAGCUAAUGGGAAUCAUGAUGGGCUGCUGCCAGCUGGGAGUUGUCUGUGGGCCUCUUCUCGGAGGCGCCUUUACCGAGUAUACUACUUGGCGAUGGUGUUUUUACAUUAACCUUCCUAUCGGCUGUCUGGUGGCGGCUAUGAUUACCUUCGUCCAUAUCCCCGACCAAGCCGAGAAGCCCUCAAUCAGCAUGGUCAUCGAUACGGUGCUCCACAAGUUGGAUCUAAUCGGCUUUGCUCUCUUCGCCCCGGCGGCGAUCCAGCUUCUGCUUGCUCUCGAGUACGGCCAAACUGCGGGAACAUUCGGCGUCUUCUUGCUCUGGGAAUGGCGCCAAGGAGAUCUUGCAAUGAUUCCCUUGCGAAUGGUCGCCAAACGGACCGUCUGGAGCAGUUGUUUGGUUAUGAUGUGUCUCUUCGCUGUCAUGCUGGGUUCCUCCUAUUACCUGCCUGUCUACUUCCAAGCUGUUAAGAAUGACUCUCCCCUCAUCAGUGGUGUUUCAUUGCUGCCCAGCAUCUUGUCCCAGCUCUCACUGGCUGUCAUUUCCGGGAACUUGAUCAGCCGACUGGGUUAUUACCUGCCUUGGGCUCUUUUCGGUGCAUGCCUCAGCGCCAUCGGCAACGGUCUCUUCUCGACAUUCACCCCUCAUACUGCCAUUGGUACUUGGAUCGGAUAUCAAAUCCUGGCCGGAGCCGGUCGCGGAGCAGCCUUCCAAGUACCUCUCGUGGCUGUCCAAAACACUGUGGCCCCUCGCGACAUCUCACUCGGAAUGUCGCUCCUCAUGUUCCUUCAAACCCUGUCCGGUGCUAUCUUCCUGACUCUGGGAGAUGUCAUUUUCGACGCUGGGCUGAAGUCCACGAUCCCCAAGGACGCCCCCAACGUGGAUCCUGCUGUCGUCAUUGGAGCGGGAGCCACCGGUAUUCGCUCCGUGGUCUCUGGCAAGGAUCUCGCUGGCGUCUUGGUUGCUUACUCCAAGAGUGUGGGCUACGUGUUCUAUAUGACUGCGGCGAUGAGUGUCGUCAUGGCCCUCUGCUCUCUUGGUAUGGGCUGGGUAGACAUCCGGCCUAAGCCCAAGCCUGCCCCCGAGCAAGCUGAAGUGUAA